UUCUUAACAAUUUUCACAUCCGAAGCAAUACCGAAGUAGCACCGUAGUUAAGUACUUCUAUAACAAUUUUCACAUCCGAAGUAGCAAUAUGUAUUUUCAUCUGUGUGUGGCCCGUUGUUCACCGUCUGUAUAAUGUUCUUUCCUUCCCCUUCGCUGGAAGAGUCCGGUGUCCUCGGCCGAUUCUCAAGUUUCAGUUUCACAAGUUUUCAACUUCACAAAGUUUAUUCUCUCCUUGAAUGUAAUUUGUUAAAUGUUAAUGCAUCCAGUUGGCUUGAAUGUCAAAGUCAAUGUUAUUGCUCUCGUUGGUAACUGUAUAAUUGCGACGUUGUAUGAUUGUCCGGUUGAUGUUCUGUUGACGUAAUUUUUCAAGAAGUUUAUCGUUCGACCAAUUAAAAAUUGAGAAACGGCGCGAU